AUGGCGCCGAGUAGACGGGAUAUACAACUUACUCGGAUCGCCGGAGACAGACUUGGUUCUUCCGAUGAGGACACCGAGGCUAUGGAGGGAGUUCGUCUUCUUGAUUCCUAUGAUGAUGACGAAGAGAACGCUCAUUUUCUUAGUAAGAUAGAGGGAGGAGGAGGUGGUGAUUCCGGUUUGAGGAAGAUUCAGGUCGGAAUAACCGGUAUGACUUGUGCUGCUUGUUCUAAUGCCGUCGAAGGAGCUUUGAUGAACGUUAACGGUGUAUUCAAAGCCUCUGUCGCUUUAUUACAGAACAGAGCUGAUGUCGUAUUCGACCCCAAUUUAAUCAAGGAAGAGGACAUUAAAGAAGCUGUAGAGGAUGCUGGCUUUGAUGCAGAAAUUCUAGCAGAGCCUGUUACUGCCGGGGCCAAGACAACUUUGGUAGGACAGUUUACUAUUGGAGGCAUGACAUGUGCAGCUUGUGUUAACUCAGUUGAAGGCAUUCUAAAAGACCUUCCUGGCGUUAAAAGAGCAGUGGUAGCUUUAGCAACAUCAUUAGGAGAAGUUGAGUACGAUCCUAACCUAAUCAACAAAGACGAUAUUGUGACUGCAAUCGAAGAUGCUGGCUUCGAGGGGUCUCUUGUGCAGAGCAAUCAGCAGGACAAACUCCUUUUAAGAGUUGUUGGUGUGUUGAACGAGCUUGACGCUCAGGUUCUUGAAGGUAUACUUACCAGAUUGAACGGGGUUAGACAGUUUCGCGUUGACAGUGUAUCAGGAGAGAUUGAUGUGGUGUUUGAUCCUGAGGUUGUGAAUUCGAGAUCGUUGGUUGAUGAUAUUGAAGGAGAAGGUUAUGGGAAGUUCAAGUUGCGUGUCAUGAGCCCUUAUGAAAGGUUGACCUCCAAAGAUACUGGAGAGGCUUCGAAUAUGUUUCGUCGUUUUAUCUACAGUCUUUCUCUCGCUAUUCCUCUCUUCUGUAUCCAAGUAAUCUGCCCGUACAUUGCUGCUGUGAAUAACGUACUGGCAUGGAGAUGUGGACCUUUCAUGAUGAGUGAUUGGUUUAAAUGGGGCUUAGUAAGUAUUAUUCAGUUUGUUAUUGGCAAACGCUUCUACGUUGCUGCAUGGAGAGCUCUUCGAAAUGGUUCAACUAACAUGGAUGUGCUAGUUGCUCUCGGCACGUCAGCGUCAUACUUUUACUCUGUUGGGGCUCUUCUAUAUGGUGCAGUCACUGGGUUUUGGUCACCAACGUACUUUGAUGCAAGCGCUAUGUUGAUAACAUUUGUCUUACUUGGAAAGUAUUUGGAAUCUCUUGCAAAGGGUAAAACAUCAGAUGCUAUGAAGAAACUAGUACAACUUACUCCAGCAACAGCUGUUUUACUAAUCGAUGGCAGAGAAGGGAAGUUUGUAGGGGAAAGGGAGAUAGAUGCGUUGCUGAUUCAGCCUGGUGAUUCAUUAAAAGUUGUUCCUGGUGGGAAGAUACCUGCUGAUGGUGUUGUUGUGUGGGGUUCAAGCUACGUUAAUGAGAGUAUGGUGACUGGUGAAUCAGUUCCUGUAUCAAAAGAAGUUGGUUCACCAGUGAUUGGAGGUACUAUUAACACUCAUGGUGCUCUUCACAUUAAAGCUACAAAAGUGGGUUCUGAUGCAGUUCUAAGCCAGAUUAUUAGUUUGGUCGAGACGGCACAAAUGUCUAAAGCCCCUAUCCAGCAAUUUGCAGACUAUGUAAGUAGCUGUGUCAUUAUAAUCAUUAUCAGGGUAGCAAAUUUAUUUUGCGUUUCUCAUGUGCAGGUUGCAAGUAUCUUUGUUCCGGUAGUGGUUACUUUGGCAUUGAUCACCUUAGUGGGCUGGUCAAUUGCUGGAGCUGUUGGAGGUUAUCCAGAAGAAUGGAUACCGGAAAAUGGAACUCACUUUGUGUUCUCACUUAUGUUCUCAAUAUCCGUUGUUGUAAUUGCUUGUCCUUGUGCACUUGGCUUGGCAACACCGACCGCUGUUAUGGUGGCAACAGGAGUUGGUGCAACCAAUGGUGUACUGAUCAAAGGAGGUGAUGCAUUGGAGAAAGCUCACAAAUUGAAAUAUAUAAUCUUUGACAAAACAGGCACUUUAACUCAAGGGAAAGCUACCGUGACAACUGCAAAAGUCUUCUCAGAGAUGGACCGUGGAGAGUUCCUCACACUUGUUGCUUCUGCUGAGGCAAGCAGUGAACACCCCUUGGCAAAAGCUAUAGUGGACUAUGCUCGCCAGUUCCACUCCAUUGAUGAAUCAGCUGAAGAUGGCAAAGAGUUUCAAAACUCUGGAUGGUUACUGGAUACAUCAGAUUUCUCUGCUCUUCCCGGAAAAGGGAUUCAAUGCUUAGUCAACAACAAGAUGAUUCUGGUGGGAAACCGUAAACUUAUGUCGGAGAAUACCAUAACCAUCCCAGACCACGUUGACAAGUUUGUUGGUGAGCUUGAAGAAAGCGCAAGAACAGGAGUCAUUAUUGCCUAUAACGGCGAACUAGUUGGUGUAAUGGGAAUCGCUGAUCCACUAAAGCGAGAAGCCCCUAUGGUUGUGGAACUUCUCCGUAGAAUGGGUGUUCGUUCCAUAAUGGUUACAGGUGAUAACUGGAGAACAGCAAGAGCCGUUGCCAAAGAGGUUGGUAUCGAAGACGUGAGAGCGGAAGUAAUGCCGGCAGGGAAAGCUGAAGUGGUCCGUUCACUACAAAAAGACGGAAACACUGUUGGGAUGGUCGGAGAUGGAAUCAAUGACUCUCCCGCUCUAGCCGCUGCUGACGUGGGAAUGGCGAUUGGUGCAGGGACUGAUGUAGCUAUAGAAGCAGCUGAUUACGUUCUGAUGAGAAACAACUUGGAAGAUGUUAUUAUAGCCAUCGAUCUCUCAAGGAAAACUUUGACAAGAAUCCGAAUGAACUACGUUUUCGCCAUGGCUUACAACGUUGUGUCGAUCCCUAUAGCAGCAGGAGUGUUCUUCCCGCUUUUGCGAGUGCAACUGCCUCCAUGGGCCGCGGGAGCAUGCAUGGCACUCUCUUCGGUUAGUGUAGUUUGCUCUUCUUUGCUUCUUAGGAGAUACAAGAAGCCAAGCCUUAACACUAUUUUGGCAAAUGAGUAA